AUGUGUGGAAUUAUCUGCUAUUUCACAAACCCCGACUGUAAUAUUCAUGUUGCCGGACCGAUUAACACCGCUUUGACGAUGUUACAACAUCGUGGCCAAGAUGCUUGCGGAAUUACAACGUGUGACGGAGAACAGGUUAUUACGGUCAAGGAUAACGGUUUGGUUUCUGAAGUCUUCAACCAAAAUAAUCUAACCAAGCUGCGUGGUUAUUAUGGUUUGGGUCACGUUCGCUAUCCCACUGCUGGUUCCCCGGACAGCAACGAGGCCCAGCCCUUCUACACCAACUACCCGUACGGCAUUUCCCUUGCCCACAACGGCAAUCUCAUCAACUGCGACGAUCUCCGUGCGAAACUGCUCUGCAACCUCCGCUGCAUCAACACCACGAGCGACAGCGAGCUCCUCCUGAACAUGUUCGCCGAUGAAUUGGAGCAUCGCAUCGACCGCUCCUCCGCUGCCUCCGGACAGAUCCCUAAGCCCUCCGUCUCCACGCUCUUCGACGCCGUCCACGCCACGAUGGCGCAAGUCCUCGGCGGCUACGCGGUCGUGGUGCUGAUCAAAGGCGUCGGCAUGCUGAUUUUCCGCGAUCCCCACGGGAUUCGCCCGCUCUGCUUCGGCGUGAAACGCGACGACGCGGGCCGCAUCGUGGAAUUCGCGGCGGCUUCGGAGAGCAUCGCGCUGGAAGCGAUCGGAAUCGACCGAGAACGCGACGUUGCCGCGGGCGAAGCGCUGUUCAUCGACAUGGAGAUGCGUCUGCACUCGCACAUCGACGCUCUGGCGCAGACCCACUCGCCGUGCAUCUUCGAAUACGUCUAUCUGGCGCGUCCGGACAGCGUGAUGGACAACAUCUCGGUCUACGAAGCGCGCGUGCAGAUGGGAAUCCGCCUCGCCGAGCGGCUGCGAACGCUCCGCGUCCGCCAACACGACCAAACUCUGGACGUUCUGGAGCCUGCAGAGGCCGGGUACGACGCGACGCUGCCUCCGCUGGAGCAGAUCAUCGACUGCGUGAUGGCGGUGCCGGACACGUCGCGCCACACCGCGAUUUCGGUGGCGACGAGUCUGGGGAAGCGGUACAUCGAAGGACUGUCGAAGAACCGGUACGUGGCGCGCACGUUCAUCAUGCCCGCGCAGCAGAUGCGGCAGAAGAACAUCCGCAUCAAGCACAACCCCAUCCAUGACGCGGUGAAGGGACUGUCGGUGCUGGUGGUGGACGACUCGAUCGUGCGAGGCAACACGACGAUGAUGCUGGUGGAGGCGAUUCGUCGCGCGGGAGCGAAGCACGUGUUUGUAGCGUCGGCUGCGCCGCCGAUUCGGUUCUGCAACGUGUACGGGAUCGAUAUGCCGACGCGACGCGAGUUAAUCGCGUUUAACAAGACCGAGAAGGAGGUGGCCGCCGCGAUCGGAGCGGAUUUCGUGCUGUAUCAGAGCUUGGAGGACUUGAAGCGGGCGUGUCGCGAUGCGGCGCUGUAUGGACCGGCGCCCGAGGCGUUCGAGUGCUCGUGCUUUGAUGGGGACUAUGUGACGGGAGGCGUCGAUCAGAGCUAUUUUGAUAAGCUGGAAGCGAUGAGAGAUGAUGCGGUGAAGCAGAAGAAGUUGUAAUCGCGGAAUGGGGAGAAGGUGCGUUUGAAGGACGCGUAGAUUGGAUUAGGAUGUCAUUUAC